GUCCCCAGGGGCGUGGGGUGCAUUUUCUCCGAGAUGGUGACGGGGCGGCCGCUGUUCCCCGGGGCCACCGUGGAGGAGCAGCUGCAUUUCAUCUUCCGCCUGCUGGGGACCCCCACGGAGGAGACCUGGCCGGGCAUCGGAGCCAACGCCGAGUUCCGGGCACAGAAAUACCCGCGGUACCCGGGGGAGGAACUGCGGCAACACGCGGCAAGGCUGGACCAGGACGGUGCCGAUCUCCUGGGGCAGCUGCUGCAGUUCGAGGGGCGGCGGCGGCUGCCGGCGGCGGAGGCCAUGGGACACGCCUUCUUCAGGAGCCUGGGGCCGCGCGUCAGCGCCCUGCCCGACACCACGUCCAUCUUCGCGCUGAAGGAAAUCCAGCUGCAGAAGGAGCCGGGGCUGCGCUCGGCGCCCCUGCCCCCCACAGGUUCUUCCUCCUUCCGGGUGCUCGACACCGAAUUUUGACGUUGAGCAGGGUUACUCCAGGGUUACUCCGACUUUACUCCCAGGCUGCUCCCACGUUACUCCAAGGUUACUCCAGGGUUACUCCGACUUUACUCCCAGGCUGCUCCCACGUUACUCCAAGGUUACUCCAGUUUCACUCACACUUUACUCCCAGUCCGGUCCCACUUCACUCCAGGGUUCCUCCAACUUUACUCCAAGGUUGCUCACGCUUUACUCUGGGGGCACCCCCAGGUUACUCCAGGGUUACCCACAUUUUACUCCAAGCUUGUUCCCACUUUACUCCAGGGUUACUCAGACUUUACUCCAAGGAUGGUCUCACUUUGCUCUGUGGUUACCCCCGGGUUACUUUAGGGUUACUCAGACUUUACUCCCGGGUUGCUCCCACUUCACUCUGGGGGUACCCCUGGGUUACUCCAGAGUUACUCCGACUUUACUCCGAGGCAGCUCAGGCCCAGCUCUGUGGCCACAACUGCCCUACUCCAGCCUUACUCCACGACUACUCGGCCUCUUCUCGCUCCUCGGCUUCUACUCUCGAUGACUCCGCAGUUACUCCGCAGCUACUCCGCAGUUACUCCGAGCUUUCUCAGCACUUCCAUCGAGGCUGCUCAGGACUCGGCUCCUACGCAGAUUUUACUCUGGAGUUACUCCCGGCCAGGGCGGGGCCUUUACUCACACGUUCCUCAGUCCCUGUUCGGAUCUUACUUCAGCCUUGGAGAUCCUUACUCUGAGUUUACUCCGAGGUUACUCGGAGUUUACUCAGCCUCCGAAGUGCUCGGGACUUACUCCAGCCUCCCGCGGCUCCUUACUCCGGCCUUGCUCAGCUCCCCCUUUUGUGUUGUUGCCGCUCCUUCGGCGCUACUCACACUUUACUCCACUCCCUUGGAUCCUCUUUGCCUUCGCUCCGCACUUACUCCGUCGUUACUCGGAGAUUACCCGGCCUUUACUCGGAGAUUACUCGGCCUUUACUCGGGGGUUACUCUGCCGUUACUCAGAGAUUGCUCGGCCUUUACUUAGAGGUUACUAAGCUCCUGCUUGGAGUUCACUCAGAGCUUACUUGGCCUUUACUCGGAGAUUGCUCAGUCCUUGCUCGGAGGUUACUCGGCCAUUACUUGGAGGUUACUCGGCCUGUACUUGGAGUUUACUCAGAGCUUACUCAGCCUUUACUCGGAGCUUACUUGUCCAUUACUCAGAGGUUACUCAGCCCCGGAUCUUGACAUUACUCAGACUCUCGCACAGCUGGGAGGGAUCAGUCCCUACUCAGGAGUUACUCAGUCCUUACUCCGAGAUCACUCAGCCACCGUUUCGCUCUCGUCGCCGCGCCGGGGCUGACCCGACGCUACUCCAGGGUUACUCAUGGCUUACUCCAGGGUGAAUGUUUUUCUCCGGGAUUGUUCGUGUUUUACUCCAGGAUUACUCACGUUUUACUCCAGA